AAAUCGGGAACGGAACUGACCACUCGAGGGACGGUCGUUAUUGAUUAUUUGUCUUCGAGAAAGCGAUAAGGAAUCUGAGAUCAUUGACGGAUGGUCAAUAUCCAGUAUCUAGACAAGUAGAAUUUGCACAUCAAAGCGUCACGCGAAGGGUAAUCCGUCACGUGACAUGCCUUACGUGUGGCCUUCGUGUCCGUCUCGGCUAUUUACCUGGGAGGAUGUUCGCCAUCUGAGAAUAUGUCAACAUUUUCUGUCCGUGGAAAGCACCGAAAGCCAACAGUCUACACUUGCCUGCACGCAUGCACCAAUAUGGCUCCUCCCCGGUGUGACGUCAUAGUCGAGGAGCGAUAGAAGGCGCGUGCAGUAGCGUUAGUGUUAGGGAGGAAAGCUAUGGCGGUGCGCUUGGCUCGGCAUCCGGGCGCAUAAGAGAAAAGAGAAGAUGAACGAAGAGAACAUCGUCGAGAACUGGCUCAAGUCUCUCCAUUUGGGUCGCUACGCGCAGAGUUUCAUCGACAACGGUUACGACGAUCUAGAAAUCUGCAAACAGAUAGGAGAGCCAGAUUUGGAUGCCAUCGGGGUGUCGGAUGCCACUCAUCGCCAGCAGAUCCUGCGAGCCGUCAGGGUGUUGUUGGAACAUGGAGGAACGGCCGUCUACUUCACUCUAGAGGAGAAUGCCAGACACGGCCUAGACCCGACCGACAGUAUUAAGGAAGCAUUGGUCAAAGAGAAAGAGGCCAUCAGGGCAGCGCAUUCCCCCGCAAAGAAGUAUGUAGACGAAUACGAAGAAGGAAAAGCGGAAUUCGUCAGAUUCCCCAAAAUGCAACUCAAGAUGAUCAUUAGAGAUAAACUGGUACGAGAUGGAAUCCGUCUCAGUACUCAACCUUACACCAAUCCGGUGAGUAAUGCCAAAAUAUAUUCCUCCACGCAAAACACACUUUCUUUCCUACUCUCCCUUCUCUUUUAUUAUUGUUCACUAACACCAAGGCUCGCUAAGCGUUUCUUACUUGUCCAUCCAGCAAAACCCACUUAGCUUC